UGGGGCCUACGUCAUGACGCAGUGUUCCUUCAGACGCUUCCCGGGCUCGGGAGGGUCACGUGAGCCGGUUUUCGCGCGAAAACUAGUUGCUGGAGUGGCGGCGGGGAGUGUGGAGCUGUGAUGGCGGAAUCAUCUGAGUCCUUCACCGUGGCAUCCAGCCCAGCCCGGCGGCUGCGAAGUGAUCCUCUCACCUCCAGCCCUGGGCGAAGCUCCCGUCGCACAGAUGCCCUGACCUCCAGCCCUGGCCGUGAUCUUCCCCCCUUUGAGGAUGAGUCUGAGGGGCUUCUAGGUACAGAGGGACCCCUGGAUGAAGAGGAAGAAGAUGGAGAGGAGCUUAUCGGAGAUGGCAUGGAGAGGUAUUUUCAUUCAAAGCGGGGUACUCAGCAGAUAGUUUUGCAGAGAGCCCAUUGUGCCACAGGCAGCAUCCCCAUCACAGUGCGGCACAUCGAGUCCAUGAUCCGCAUGGCAGAGGCCCAUGCGCGCAUCCACCUGCGGGACUACGUGAUCGAGGAUGAUGUCAGCAUGGCCAUCCGCGUGAUGCUGGAGAGCUUCAUUGACACGCAAAAGUUCAGCGUCAUGCGCAGCAUGAGGAAGACUUUUGCCCGCUACCUUUCAUUCCGGCGUGACAACAAUGAGCUGCUGCUCUUCAUCCUGAAGCAGUUAGUGGCAGAACAGGUGACGUACCAGCGCAACCGCUUUGGGGCCCAGCAGGACACUAUCGAAGUGCCUGAGAAGGACUUGGUGGACAAGGCUCGUCAGAUCAACAUCCACAACCUGUCUGCUUUUUAUGACAGUGAGCUCUUCAGGAUGAACAGGUUCAGUCAUGACCUGAAACGGAAAAUGAUCCUCCAGCAGUUCUGAGGCUCGGGGCCAUCCACAGUAGCUCGCUGAGAUGCUGGUGGGGCUGACUCCACACUCUCAGGCUCACAAAACCCAACUGCUGAGGGAUUCGGAGAGGGCGUGCGGGUCCCAGGGCUGAACCAUCUAGCUCCCCCCACCGUUUGCUGGGCUCAGGCUGGGCUGGGAACGAGGCUGUUUCUUUCUUCAGCUCCACUUACUGCUCCUCAUGCCAUCUUGGGUGGGCUCGCUUUGCCAGUGUUCCUCUUUCCCCUGCUUGGCAGCCCACCGCCUACGGAAGGUUGGUCUCCACUUUGUUCCUUGGACCAGAGUCCCUUGUGUUCAGGGUACUGCGGUCCGUUUUAGAUGACCGAGCAUAUGAGGGUGUUACGAGAACUUGUUGCCCUCUUGGUGUGAGUUCCGGUCCUGGAUGCUUCUACCGCUUUGGCCGAAGAGCAAGUUCAAGGUAUUCGUAGUGUUUUUCUGAACUCUGUCCUGCAGGUUUCUCUGGGAUUCUGUGAGUAGAGAAAAUGUGGGCAGAAGAGCACACAUGUGGCCCAGUGCCCUCCCCACCCCCAAGGCCAGGGAUUGCUGUGGUCGCGAGAUGGGAAUGAGGCUUAUUCUUGGUACCAGUUGUGCCUAGCAAGGACUGGUUGUCACCAUUGCUGUGCUCCUUUGUUUUCUCCUGCUAGCCACUCCCCGUCCUCUCGUUGUACAUUCAGUUUUUGUUCCUGUAGUUUUUAUUUUUAAUAAAAUCUAAAUAAUGGUG